AUGCAAAACACCGGCGUCAUGACGGUCACCCCGGCCCGGAAGACCUUGCAGUUCGAAAAAGCAGCGCGAACGCCUUUAUCCGAACGUUCCAUCUCGGAUAACGAGACUAACGACGACGAGAAUGAUAAAGAAAAUAAGAUGCACAGAGCGUUCGGGGCGGCGUUUUUGCACAUGGCGUUCCAAGGGAAAAUGAAGAAUAAAAGCGGAGGAAUAAACGUGGACGAGGAGGAUGUAAAACUGAUGAAAGCAUCGUCGAAGAUGGAACGCAUGGAACACGAGUUAGCGCAAGCGAGAGCGGAAAUUGCACUCUUGAAAGAGAAGAAGAACAAUCCUCCGAAACAAAGGAAUAAUAAAUCUGUUGGUGAAUUAAAAUCACCUCUCUUGUUACCGUCACCACCGGUGUUACAAACGCCUUUACGUUUUCGGCGCGAGCGAGACUCGUUCCGGAAAGAGUUGAAAAUGAUCAGCCAAAACGCGGAACAAACGGAAGCGCAGAUGUUAGAACAGAAAGAUAAGGAACAAAAGUUAUCCCAGGAGAACGAGGCGUGGUUGUUGAAAGCGUUGAAUGAAAAGACGCGAGCGCUGAAGAUUGCCGCCAAGGCGAACAACGCGAGCGAGAAAGAGUUGAUGCAAGCGAAGGAGACGACGGAUGUUUUGGAGCGAAGUUUACGAGAACAAACGGCAAAGGUUCUGAUGUAUAAGCAGAGGCUGGUGAAGAAUGAACAGGCGAGGAAGAAGUUGGAGAGUAAAGUUGGGAGGUAUCGGGACGCGUUGAAAGACGCGAGUUUGAGGAACGAGGCCCCGGAGGCGAUGACGAUGCCGCCCGUGGAGGAAGAUUUUUCGGUGGAUACUGCGAUGAGUAACGAGAGUUAUUGCGGCGAGAAUAAGGUUGCAAUCAAUACUAAUAAUAACGUAGAAAGAACAACAAGAGAAGAAAAUGAAGGAGAAGAAGAAGAAGAGGUGAACUUUCGCGUGUUCCCGGAACAGAUGAUGGUUGGCGUUCCGGCGACGCCCGCAAUGUUUCAAUUUCCGAGCAAGAUGAUGGAUAAGAACAGUAGUCAUAACGAGGACGAAUACGAGACAAAUACGAAUUUACCAGAUGUGACGACGACCAUAAUGACGCCUGGAGGCGAAGUGAUUGAUUUUUACGGUCGGCCAAAGCGAGACACGAAGAAAGACGUGUUUGUUAUCUUGAGCGUUUGGGCGGCGACGAUAGCCGCGUUGAUUUCGAUGGGAACGUCUUCGUCUCUAUCUUCAGUCGUCGGUGAACGAGUCGUCGUCAAAGGCUUUGGCUUUUUCUGCUAG